CGUGUGUUCCUGCCGAUUAUGAGAUUUCCGAUCUGGGUCUACUCACGUACUCACAUGCGAUGCCAACGGAUCAACGUGGGCUGCGCUGGUCAUCACAUCGCCAUCGCCGGGCAUCCAUCACCGCGCGCGUGAGCGCAGUCAUAGACCCACAGAUCACGGGGCGCGACUGACCUUUCUUCCGUCCUCGCACCUCCUUCGUCUGCCACAAGAGCCAAACACGCUAGCAGGUACGCAGGGCAUGAAGCCAGCCAUGGCGCGACGCGUCUCCCGUGGCCCGCCGCCCGUGGCCCGUCGCAAGUCGCCCGUUGCCCGUCGCCUCACCCCGCAGGCAGGGAACUGGCCGUUCCGCUGGCCUGGCCCACCGAUCCACAUCCCUCCAACCCAAACCCUCGUGCCCUCGACUCCCUUUCUGGCACUCCCGGUAUCCAACACUUUCCCGCCGGACCCCGUCCUUAUGCAAAGGAUGCAGCGCGCUGUUGUCGUAACGCGCGCGGCACUCUUUAGCGAUCCAGCUGCAGAUCUGCACACGCGUGGCGUGGCAGUGGUAAGAUCACCACGCUCAGACUACGCGUCCGUUAUGCCAUAUCGGAUCUGCGCCCGACCCGCGACCCGCGAUUCGAAAGCCAGAGCGUGCAGAUCUGCGUCCGCGCUCGGUCCAACGAUCCAACGACAUGGACAACCAAAGCUUUUGCAGCGCUGGCCCAAUGUCCAAGGAUCCAAGGACGCAUGCUGAUCGCGGAACAAGCGCUCGAGCAAGCUAAAAACCAAAGGAGAAGGCAACCGGAUAAAUCGCCUGACUUCCC